UCUGCAAAAGAGGUACCACCAGAAUGGCUGUACACACAGUCAGACGCUCAGGAGCUCGAAGCAGAAGUCGGCCAAGUUGACGUCGCCAGGCAGCCUCAUACUCGAGCACUGCAUCACAUCUUCUCCGACCUGCUCUGCCAAGAAAGAGACGAGUAUGCCUGGCAUCGCGAGCGCCGACAUGCCGUCUUCAUCAGCAUGAUCAUGCUGGCCGUGGUCGGGUUGCUGGGGCAUCUCACGGCCUGUUCCGUGAUUGUGUUCGCUCUGCUCAAGUCCUCCGGUACCUUCAUUCUCUUGCUCUUCCUCUCGUUGGCCGACUCACUCGUCGUGGUCGUGCAAACCGUCGACGCUCACUUGAACUCUGUCCUGGCCGACUCACACGUCACCAAGGCUCUUAGCUCGCCAACGAGCACUCAUCCAUCCGCUACCCCACAAAUGCCACCAAGACACAAUUCCACCCGAUCCGACAUUGGCGUUGACGUUGGCGUUAACGUUGACGUCGACGUUGACGUUGGUGUCACCACUGCCGCCACCGGCACGGGCAUGAGCAGAAGCAGAUUCAUUUCACCCCUUCGGCAGGACGCAGCAGAAUUUUCCCGAUUGCGCAACUCCGACGACUGGAGCUGUGCUGUGGAGAAAUUCGCUUGGCACUUUGCACUCCAACUGUCCGCUUGGCUGAUCAUGGCUCUCAGUGUAGACAGGUACAUCACUUUGCGUCAUUUCGCCCUGAAACGGCAGCGCCGCUUUAUGCUUAGACGAGCCUGGAUUAUCGGUGGCGUCAUCCCGGCUCUUUUGAUGCUGGCCAAUUUGCCUUAUCUGGUGUUUGUCCGAUCAACUAGAGUGCAGAUGCCCUGCCAGGUAUUGAGGGAACUCAUUUCUGCCAUAAAAGCCUUCUCGUUUGAUAGGGAUUUCUGGGAAUACACGCAAGUCCCCUCGUGGACAGCAUGA